UUUCAUAUCUCGCAUUGAAGUGUGUGCGUGUGUGUGUGCGUUUGACGCGCGUGCGUGUGCGCUGUGUGUGUGUGUGCCGUGGGUGGGGUGACGUGCGAUGUACAUUGCCCUCUCAUCGCGAGAUGUGAAGGAUCCGGUAAAUAAGCCCUCACAACGACCUCCUUACGCCUGCAGACCCGUUUGCCGACAGCCACGGUGCAGCGCCGUCCGCAGGUUAUGUUUAUCCCUUCCUUCUGCUAGGCCGAACACUGACUCCGGCAAGGCCGCAAGCCUUGUCGUCGACUCCUCGGCUCCAAGCUGGCUGCCAAAGUGGUCCGUUGCAGCAUGGCCAAGACUGGGCUCCUGGUUGUCACCAACCCGUCACGAGUGGGCCGUGUGCUGCCCGACGUGCAGAAAUACCUGCUCAACAAGCUGUACAUUCAGUACCUGCCCACUCGGCUGUCCCGCUUGCUGACACCGCCGUCGCCGCCAGUGGCUGCACCCAGCCCUGCUGUGUACAGCCGCGCUGUCAUUGGGAUGUACUCACAGACGCUGGGGCACAAUCUCGACGUCGCUAUUCUCCUAGCGUACUUGAAGGAUCCAACGCAAACCAUCAUUCGCACCAAGAAAUCCAUUGACGUUGUGUUUUUUGACCAAGUUCUUAGUAAUGAUGAGAUGAAUGCGUUUCUUAAGAAAUGUCUCGCAAAUGUAUCUGCUGGGUGUGCCGUAGUUUCCUUAGAUAAUGAGAGUAGUGAAACGCCACCUGUGGACACUGAUGCCAAUGAGGCAAUGUAUGACAACGUUGUCCUUGGAGGCACCUUUGACAGGCUUCAUGCUGGACAUAAAAUUCUGCUCAGUGAAGCAGUUCUUCGAUGCAGGCGUAAACUUACUGUUGGAGUUACCGAUGAGUCAAUGCUGAAAACAAAAUGCUUAACAGAGCUGAUUGCAUCAUGCGAGGAUCGAAUAGCUGAUGUUCUUGAAGUUCUACAAGAUUUAGAUCCAAAUAUCGAAUAUGAUGUGGUGCCCAUCAGCGAUCCAUUUGGCCCUACUAUACGUGAGCCUUCUUUCGAGAUGAUUGUUGUGAGCGAAGAGACAAAGGCGGGAGGUCUGAAAGUAAAUGAGGCUCGUGAAGCAAAGUCUCUCAAACCACUGGUUGUACACUCUGUGGAUCUCCUGGUAACCCAAAUCAAACAAGAGCAAGAGGAAGAAGAUAAGGUGAGCUCUGGCAAUCUAAGACUCAGAGUACUUGGAACAAGACUAAAAAAACCAGAGGCAAGACCCAAUUUGCCUCCAUCACCGUAUAUCAUUGGACUAACUGGAGGCAUUGCCAGUGGGAAGUCUUCUAUUGGACGACGGCUGGAAGAAAUGGGUGCAGGUCUCAUAGAUUGUGACUCACUUGCCCACACUUUGUAUGAACAGGGCCAACCUAUCAAAGACAAAAUGGUGGAAUUCUUUGGAAAGGACAUCCUGGAUGCUGAUGGUGAAAUAAACAGAAAAGCACUUGGUCUUCUUGUGUUUAACGACAAGGCCAAACUUACUGCAUUAAACAACAUGGUGUGGCCAGCACUUUGGGAAAGAACCCAACAUGAAAUUGCCAAACUCCAUGCAUCUGGGAAAAACAUAAUUGUCGUAGAAGCUGCUGUUCUACUACAAGCAGGUUGGGAGCAGUACUGUCACGAAUAUUGGGUCUGCAUGAUUCCUCCAGAUGAGGCUGUGAGGAGGCUGAAACGGCGCAACAACUUGCCGGAAGACGCGGCCCGCUCUCGCAUCGCUGCCCAACCAAGCAAUUCCGAGCAGAUCAAGGGUGCCACUACCAUUUUAUCAACAUUGUGGACCUAUGACUUCACUCAGCGCCAAGUUAUUCGUGCAUGGAAGCACCUCCACAACUACCUUGAGGAAGCAGGCAUUAAUAAAGGAAAUAAGUUAUAACUCACAUCCCUUUUUAUUAAUUCUAUGUACUGAGACAUAUUGUGGGAAUUCCAAUUACCAAAAUUGUGAUGUCACUUUUUUUUCUUCUUUUACCUCAUAGUUCUUAUUUGCAUGUCAUGAAGUAUGCAUUUGUACAACAUGUCAACAGCAUGAUAAGAGAUGAUUGUUACUUGAUUCCUGUGUGCUCCAUCUGCAUACACUAAUGUAAUGUAUAUAUGUAAUAUGUAUUCUUUUUGGAUUUUCCUUGGUUUUGUAUUAAAAAUUUUCUUUACAGCCAA